CUGUCACUAGUUUUUACAUGUAUAUACUUUUAAAGAAAAAAAAAAAAAAUCUAUUGCAUGCACUAUUGUAAGUCUAAAUGGCAACUAGAGGAAUUUUUCAAGAAGUAAACUUGCCCGAGCAAAAAUGCUACGAAAAUGGCCUUGUCUUCCCGAUGGUGUUAUCACCAAACACUAACAACACUAGUAAUUUGAAUGUAUUUGAAGAGGCCAUCAAAGCCGAGAAGCCGUGGCUGGAAUCUCUUCUCAACGAAAGGGGUGCUCUUCUCUUUCGUGGCUUCAAUGUUAAAUCUCCUUCCGACUUUAAUGAUGUUGUUGAAGCUUUUGGGUUCGCUGAAUUGCCUUAUAUUGGCGGUCGGGCCCCUCGAACCAACGUUGUUGGCCGGGUUUUCACUGCAAAUGAAAGCCCUCCUGACAAAACAAUUCAGUUCCAUAAUGAAAUGGCUUAUACUUCAAACUAUCCUUCAAAGUUAUUUUUCUUUUGCGAUGAAGAGCCAGGAAGCGGCGGAGAAACUCCAAUACUUUUGGGUCCUGUUUUAUAUGAUAAGAUGAAAGCCAAGCACCCAAAAUUUGUUUCUCAACUUGAGCAACAUGGUGUGACAUACACACAUACAAUAAGUAACGAGGAUAAUACGUCUAUCGGAAAUGGUAGUAGCUGGCACUCGACAUAUAUGACUAAUGACAAGAAAGUUGCGGAGGAAAGGGCAACAAAGCAGGGAUCAAAGCUAGAAUGGGUGGAAAAUGGCGUAAAGGUUAUAACUGGCCCUUUACCUGCCAUUAAACUACAAGAGAAAAGCCAACGGAAAUCGUGGUUCAAUAGUUUGACAGUUUGUUACAUAUCCCAAAAGAACGCUAAAUUUUAUGAUUCAAUGCUUGGAAAUGGGGAAAGUGUUCCUGAUGAUGCCAUGGAAGAUUGCUUGAGGAUUAUGGAAGAGGAAUGUGUUGCCAUACCUUGGAAGGAAGGUGAUGUUUUGCUUAUUGAUAAUUUGAUGGUUAUGCAUGGCCGAAAGCCACUAAUAAAGCCGCCACGCCGGGUACUCGCAGCCUUGUGCAAGUGAUCCAUCGACAUGA